CCACCAGUCCAAGCCCUAAGGUCUGCAACUGGCUGUGCAAUUUUUGGAGAGAAGCAACAUCUGUAGAACUUGGACUUAGAAGGAAGAAGGAGGAGGAGGGAAAAAGAAAAAAAAAAAAAAAAAAGCAAGGGGAGGAAAAGAGAGGAAAAAAAUGAGUGUGUGCAAGUAAGAAGGCAGAUCUCUGCAGAGAAACUUACAAACAAAACAAAUAUUUUUGUACUGGGAGAUUGGAAGUAAUGCAAAUUCAACAUGGAAGCACAGUCACACAACACUACUGCAAGUGAAAAGAAAAAAGUAGACAACUCUCUAGUGAAAGGCCACACUCGAACAGACGUCAGUGAGAAGGCGGUUGCUUCAAGCACAACUUCUAAUGAGGAUGAAAGGCCCGGACAGACUUAUCAUAGAGAAAGAAGAAACGCCAUUGCAAUGCAGCCACAGGGAGGGCAAGGCCUUACUAAAAUCAGUGAAGAGCCUUCUACAUCCAGCGAGGAAAGGGCCUCAUUAAUAAAGAAAGAGAUCCAUGGAUCUAUAACACACCUGCCUGAACCUUCUGUUCCAUACCGUGGCACUGUCUUUACAAUGGAUCCAAGAAAUGGUUACAUCGACCCGCAUUACCAUCCACCUCAUCUGUUUCCUGCUUUUCACCCUCCAGUGCCAAUAGACGCCAGGCAUCACGAAGGGCGCUACCAUUACGAUCCAACCCCCAUCCCUCCUCUGCACAUGCCUUCUGCAUUAGCAAGUAGCCCAACGUAUCCAGAUUUACCAUUUAUCCGCAUAUCUCCACAUAGAAACCAUGCCACUUCAGAUUCUCCGUUUAGCCCGCCUCACCCAUAUAUCAACCCUUACAUGGACUACAUCAGGUCGCUCCACAGCAGUCCUUCUCUGUCCAUGAUCUCGGCUGCACGAGGACUCAGUCCGACUGAUGUUCCACAUGCUGGAGUUAGCCCUGCUGAAUAUUACCACCAGAUGGCGCUAUUGACAGGACAGCGCAGUCCAUAUGCAGAUAUCAUUCCUUCCCCUGCCACAGCUGGUGCCAGUGCAAGCGCCCUUCACAUGGAAUACCUUCAUGCCUUAGAGAGUUCCAGAUUUCCCAGUCCCAGGCUUUCAGCACGGCCAAGCAGGAAAAGAACAUUGUCUAUUUCACCUCUCUCAGAUCAUAGCUUUGAUCUUCAAACUAUGAUCCGGACCUCUCCAAACUCACUGGUCACAAUUCUUAAUAACUCUCGUAGCAGCUCAUCAGCCAGUGGUUCCUAUGGACAUUUAUCAGCAAGUGCACUAAGCCCUGCGUUGAGUUUUACAUACCCACCUACCCCUGUAUCCCUGCAGCAGAUGCAUCAACAGAUUUUAAACCGCCAACACAGCAUAGGGUCAGCAUUUGGACACAGCCCUCCUCUCCUUCAUCCAGCUCCGACAUUUCCUACGCAAAGAACCAUCCCCGGGAUUCCAAGUGUUCUGAAUCCAGUCCAGGUCAGCGUUGGUCCAUCUGAAGUUGCACAGCAGAACAAACCGACCAGUGAAUCUGCUGUUAGCAGCACAGGUGACCCAAUGCAUAACAAACGUUCUAAGGUAAAGCCUGAAGAAGGAUUACCAAGUCCAGGUGCCGGAUGCAUCCAGGAUCAACCAGAUGGAAUGACUCUGGUGAAAGAGGAGGGGGACAAAGAUGAAAGUAAACAAGAGCCUGAAGUGGUCUACGAGACAAACUGCCACUGGGAAGGCUGCUCCAGAGAGUAUGACACACAGGAACAGCUAGUGCAUCAUAUAAAUAAUGACCAUAUACAUGGUGAGAAAAAAGAAUUUGUCUGUCGAUGGCUGGAUUGCUCAAGAGAGCAGAAACCCUUCAAAGCCCAGUAUAUGUUAGUAGUCCACAUGAGAAGACACACCGGAGAAAAGCCACACAAAUGCACUUUUGAAGGGUGUGCGAAAGCCUACUCCAGACUGGAAAACUUGAAAACUCAUUUGAGAUCUCACACUGGAGAGAAACCAUAUGUCUGUGAGCACGAAGGCUGCAACAAGGCUUUCUCUAAUGCGUCUGACAGAGCCAAGCAUCAGAAUCGAACUCACUCCAAUGAGAAACCAUAUGUGUGCAAGAUUCCCGGAUGUACCAAGCGAUACACUGACCCUAGCUCCCUGAGAAAGCAUGUAAAGACCGUGCAUGGUCCGGAGGCCCAUGUCACCAAGAAGCAACGAGGAGAUAUACACCCAAGACCUCCGCCACCAAGGGAACCAGGAAACCAGUCACAGUCCAGAUCACCUGGCCAUCAAAUGCAGGGUUCACACGGAGAGCACAAGGAAUUCAGUAACUCUACCUCAAAGCACGAAGAAUGCCUGCAAGUGAAAACUGUGAAGACUGAAAAACCAAUGACAUCUCAGCCAAGCCCUGGUGGUAAGUCUUCAUGCAGCAGCGAACAGUCCCCCAGCAGCCACUAUACCAACAGUGGGAUCGAGUUUGCUUUGAACAGUGGUGGCAGCAUAGGAGAUCUCAGCACCCUGGAUGAAACACCUAUCAUGGACUCAACCAUUUCCACAGCAACCACAGGACUUGGUUUACAAGGCAGAAGGAUUAUGACAGGAACCAAAUGGAUAGAACAAAUCAAGACAGAAAGAAUCAAGCAGGUUAACGGAAUGCUCCCAAGGCUGAACCCAGUUCCCCCAUCUAAAGCACAGACUCUCCCAUCUAUCACUGGAAAUGGUUCGCAAUUAAACAACCUUAAUUUUGGAGGAUCAAUAACCAUACUUCCAAAUCGAAAUGACCUUUCUAGCAUGGACAUUACAGUAUUAAACAUGUUGAACAGGAGGGACAGCAAUACCAGCACAAUCAGUUCAGCCUAUUUAAGCCGUAGGUCUUCUGGAAUUUCUCCUUGCUUUUCUAGUCGACGAUCCAGUGAAGCUUCCCAAGCAGAAGGAAGGGUUCAGAAUAUAAGUGUUGCAGAUUCCUAUGAUCCCAUCUCCACAGAUGCCUCAAGACGGUCGAGUGAAGUAAGCCAGUGUGAUGGGCUGCCAAGUCUGCUUAGUCUCACACCAGCACAGCAAUAUAGGUUGAAAGCUAAAUAUGCUGCUGCCACUGGUGGACCUCCACCAACACCCCUGCCUAACAUGGAAAGAAUGAGUCUAAAGACAAGGAUUGCCCUCUUGGGUGACUCAAGAGAUUGUAGAAUAUCUCCUCUUCCUGCAGGUAAUGUACCUCGAAGAUGCAGUGAUGGCGGAGGAAGCACCUAUGGGAGAAGACAUUUACUGUCCAAUGAACUGCAAGGUAAUGGCUUGAGAAGAGCUAGUGAUCCUGUAAAAAUGGUCUCUGAGAACCUCUCUAAUGCAAGAGUCCAGCGCUUCAAUAGUCUUAACAGCAUCAACCCACUUGAUGUGCCACCACCAAUGGAACGGCGCAACUUAAGCCUUCAAAACUAUACACGUAGCAUGUAUUCCCCAUGUCCUCCAAGUAUCAGUGAAAAUGUGGCCCUUGAGGCCAUGAUUAUGGAAGCUGAAGGGAAUCUGGAUGAUGAGGAUUUUCUACCAGAUGACAUGGUCCAGUACCUUAAUUCUCAGAACCAAAGUCUGUGUGAUAACUUACAAAACAAUAUGACCGAUAAACUGCAAGGUAACACAGGAGCAAGGAACGGUAACCGCUAUGAUCCAUCUCAAAUGACUAAUAACUCCAUACAUCAGCCAUACCACAAUUUGGAGCAGGUAGAUCAAGGAGAUAAAAACGACCUUCCAAUUCAAUGGAAUGAAGUUACUUCUGGCAGUGCAGACCAGUCACCGUCUCGAUUAAGGUAUGGGCAACGGUUAGGUGUUCAGCAGAACCGGUCUUUUGGAAUGUACAAUAACAUGAUCAUUCAACAGCAGGCUAUGACCAAAACAGGACUACCACAACAAAAGAAUCAUCAACAUAAUACACAAAAUACCCAAAUGUUACAACAUAACCUUAAUGUUUACCAUAAUAACAACAAUUCUUUGAGUAGUCAGUCAAGCAAAGGACAACAAUACAAUGAAUGUUCAAACAGGGCAUCGUUAGGUUCUUCUGCAAUGGGAAACCCCUGCAGUCCAACAUCUAAGCAGAAGUUUACCAACAUCAAUUUGCAAAUGAUAGAGCAACAGAACUUUGUACCUUCCAUGCAUUAUAUUGAUCAGUCACCAGAUGUUGCAGAUGCAGUUCAGAAUCAAAACCUUUUAAACCAAGAAUAUAUGCAACAACUUGCAACUGAACACAUGAUAUAUGGCAUGCAUUUCCUGGGAGUAAAUCGAUCCAAUCAGGGAUUUUCAGGUCAAAGUGGCUUGAAUAAUGAGACAACACAAAUGUUUCAAUUAGCUCAACUGCACACAAGUAAUCAACAGUCAGCCAUGGCAAGGAAUUAUCCAUCAUGUUCAAACCCUGGAGGAAAUGGUAGACAAACCAUGCAAAGAAAUAACAUACCAUACCUGCAGGAACAACCAAGUGAUGCCAGCCAGACAGUUUACAAAUUGAACAGUAUUAAGGUAGAAAUGCCAAGUCAACCCCAACAGCACUGUGCCAACACACCAAACUACUCAGGUCAGUUUUAUGACCAAACAAUGAGCUACAAUCAACAAAACACAAAACCGGGAUCUAUGUCUGUUACAGAAACUAAUUGUCUUUUACAAGAAACUAAUAAUGCUAAUUCAAAUGAGCUUCUAUCACCGGGCACUAAUCAAGUGACAAGCACUGUAGAUAACAGUGACAGCAACAGUUUGGAUGGAGUUCAGAUUGAUUUUGAUGCAAUUAUAGAUGAUGGGGAUCAUGCCAGUUUGAUUUCUGGAACUCUGAGUCCACAAAUCAUCCAGAAUCUGUCGCGUAACUCUUCGCGACUUACCACCCCUCGAGCAUCUCUGACAUUCCCAACCUUGCCCAUUAGCACUAGUAACAUGGCUAUAGGGGACAUGAGUUCUUUACUGACCUCCCUUGCAGAAGAAAGCAAGUUUCUUGCUGUAAUGCAGUAGAUACAAGGGAAAUCUGAUGGCAAUUCAUUUUAUAUGUAUGUAUUUUAGCAAUUUCAUCCCAACUAAAUGGGAUGCAUUCAGAGUACAUUCCAUUUAUGGAAUAUUGACUGAAACCCUAAAGUGUUGUAGGGAGAAAUAGUCUUCCAUUUCAGUUAUGGAUCAGUAUUGUCACGCCCAUAUACAUGUCUUUUGUUUUGAAUCCAAAUGGGCCUGUACGUUUUGAUUUUGGUGUAAACGUACAAUGUAUGUGCAUGUUUGAAGCAAAAAGGAACAAAAAGGAGAAAACAUUUCUUCAGUUAUGUUACGUGGUUCUGUUUAAUCAAUCAUACAAUUAAUAGACCCCUUUGACUGUUUUCACUGCCCAGCUGUUUAUUUUCCAGUUUUUCCGAAUUUAGUAAUAUGUUUGGACCGCGUUGGUUCACAGGUAUUCACCAAAUUCCUCCACUGAUUUUAAUAAGUGUCUCAUACAUAUAUACUCAAGGAUUGCAUGCUGUUAUUGUACUUAUGGUAUGGAAGAUGUGUUCUAUGUACAAAAUGUAUAAGACCUCAAUUUGUUUGUAGUUUUUUUCCCAUAAACGUUUAUUUUCAUUUGUCUUUUAAACUGGCAAUAAUUGAGGAUGGGUAGCCUUUAGAAAUGGGCGUCUUUAUGGACGAAGCGAUCUUAUAAGGUACACUAUAACAUUAAGAUCACUCCCAAUGCCUAAGUGUGUCAUAAAGGCUAGAAUUAUGUUAACGCUGAAGUUUCCUUUAGCUCCUUGAUAAUAAAACAUUAUUCUUUUUGUAGAAAGGGAACUAUCCACUCAUUUUUAUUAGUAUUAUUGUUAUUAUUUUUAAGGUCAAAGUGUACGACUCACUUUUAUAAGGAUGAAAGGUACUUCAUUUCAAAUAGCACUGUGGAAUAUGUUUCCCAAAAAACUAGUCUUAAAUGUGUCGUGAGAAAAUCUUAAAAAAUAAAAAGGUACUGUUCCCAUUUUUUUUGCAUUAUUCCACUUUUUAGUCUACGUUUUUGUCAACGUUAAACUGUAGUUUAGUGUGUUGCACAUUACACAGCAGUGUUUUCGCACAUUCUUGAAAUGUAUGUGCCUUACUUUGUGUUAAAACUCAAAAUGGGGACCAAGAAUAAUUGCCAAAUCGUAGCUAUGCUACCCUAGUGCUUGUUCUUCAGCACACCACUGUCACUAGUGUCUAAAGUCUGUACCCUUUUAUUAUCCAUAUAUGUUCCCUUCUUUUAAUGACAGAAUGGCUUUUGUAUGGCUCAUCCUGCAAAAAUGUAAAAUAGAAAUACUUACUUUUAUUUGUCACUUUUUUUUUACAAGUUUGUUUUUUGUAUUGAAAUUGUGUAUUUCUUUUUUUUAUUAUGUAAAUACAUUCAUGUGCGGUAGAAUUAGAAUUCUGAAGUUAUAGGCUUGUAAGUUAUAGCUCAGUACACAAGUACACACAUUUGUGGAUUUAAUAGUUUCAAGCCUUUGUCCAGCCUGAUGGAUCUGAAGCACUAUGUACUCAGUAAAUGUACAUUUUGUUCUCAGAACCACUAAGCUUUUUUUUUUUUAUAACAAAAAAGAAAGACAAAAAAAAUAUUUCUUACA